CCCCUCAGCCACCAGGGAGAUGGCUGCCCUGGGUUAAAGGGGGGGAGGGAGUGAUGAUGAGGGCCAGCUAAGGUGAUGGGAGACAUGGCCUCGGGAGACAUGCUUUCCCCGCAGGGGGACGCUUCCCCCUGGAUCUCGGAUGAAGUCAGCUGCUGUGGAGAAACAGGUCAGCCGGUGAACAUGGAGACCACGUCUAACCCUGCAGCAGUUGCAGAAUUGCCCAUGGUCCAGUCGUCAGAGGAGUCAUGGGAGAGCGCUGCCGUCUGCAGCAAGAGCCGAUGCUCCGAGGAGCACGUACUGACCUGCACGUUUGAAGCCUGUGACCUGGAACAAACAGGACAGGUGUCUGUUUUCCAUAUUAUCGAGUACUUACAGUCUGUGACAGGGCAAAGCUGUGAGGAAGGGAGACUGCAGUUGCUUUACAAAAUGCUGGACCCAGAAGAGAGGGGCGUCACUGUGGAUUUACCGACCUUCCAUGCUGUCAUGAAGAACUGGAUUGCAGAUUGUCGGCAGGAUGGGGGAUUAGACAGCACGAAGGAGCGAGACAAGUUUGUGGACAAUAUGUGCCUGUGGCCAUCUGGGAGGAGGCGGCCUGUCUCUAGUGCUGCUCAGUUGGAGGGAUAUGGCGGGGAUGUCAGCAGUGUAAACUCGGAAGAGGCUGCCGCCUUGAUGAGCAGCAUUGAAGACCUGGAGUACGGCAACAAAAAGUUGGCCGUGCAGAAUGCCAAGCUGCAGAGGACCAUCGAGGCAGCUGAGGAACUCAACUCCCGCCUCACCGAAGAGCUCUCCCAGCUGCAAGGCAGACUGAGAAGCACGCAACAGGCCCUGGAACAGGCUAAAUCAGUGGCUAACGAACUAGAAGACCUGAAGGCUAUUGCAAAAAGUCUGGAAGAGGAGAAGGGCAAACUUUACUCACAAGCCCGGCAGCUGGAGAAGGAACAGCUGUGCCUCUCUCUACAAGUGGACUGUCUUCAAGAGGAGAACAGGAAGCUGCUCGCAGAGAGAGACAGAGUGAAGCAGAAGGUUGCAGGACUGGUUGCUGAGAAGGCAGAUCUGAAGGCCCAGCUCUGUGAAUAUGAAACUCUCCUCUCCUGCAAAGACACUGCCCUUACUGAGAAAACAAACCGUGCCGAAGAACUGACAGUGAUGCUGGCGGAGUACAGGACAGUGGUGCAGGAACUGAGACUGGAAAUAAGCCAGCUGCAGGAGCAGCUGUGCCAAACCACCGAAGAUCUGGCCAUGCUGCCGGAGGAGCUGCCCCACGAGCUUAAACCCCACGUUCAGCUUCCUGCCCAGCCGCUCUGCGUGGAGAUAGACGAAAUCCAGCAGGGACGAAAGGCCGAGGCUUGUCUGCCCAGCCCGCUGUGUGGGAUGUGGCCAGGCUCAGCAGCGCCUGCGUCGGUACAGUUGCUUGUCGGGUUGAGUCCCGUGGAUGUCAGGGCGGUGGCAGCGGAGCAGGACGUGGGCGAGGCCGACUGCACCCCAGCAUGGCUGGCUCAGCCGAGCCCCACCGGGGAAGCCAAAGUUCUGGCUGAGCAGCAGCAGCGACUGACGCCGGAGAUGCCAGAAAGCACAGAGGAGAGGGGAGACUGGAGCUGCCCAGAGCUGUGUGCGCAUGGCGCAGAGGAGCAGCUUAAACUCGCCAGGGGGACCAGUGAAGAGCACAGCUGCUUAUCCUGCGUGGAGACCCAUGUGCUUCCUUGGCCGGAAGGGAAGGUACAGACCUUCGCUAACGUGGGCUAG